CAUUAUAUACGUGCUAUAUGGAAGCUCUUAUUAUCGGUAUGUAAGGCAGGUCAUCUCUAGAGAAAGUUUAUGAAUCUUAUAUUGAAUCAGAAGGCAACUAUUUUAAACCCAUCAAGUCGAAUCCUACUGGUGCUGCAAGGUAAGUACUUAUAGGGAAGAGAUGCUACUUUUGUGAAAAAGAGAUGCUAUUAAAUAUUUCUAGCGUUAGAAAGGACAUUCCGUCCUUUCUUACACAUAGAUUUAGUAUUUUGUGUGUUUACUCAAGGAAAAUCCUAAUCUUCGUAGAUUUAGUAAUAGAUACAAGACUAGGAAUCAAUUAGUCAAUCGGGAUUACAUUCAUAAUAGUUCAGUCUCAUCUUUGGAUGAUACAAAGCAAUUGGAGUGAGUCCUUGAAAGAGCAAAUAAGCCAAGGAGCAUGGUGAAAGCACGCAGAGAUAUACAUAAUCAGAACUCUCUUUCGAAUGGUAAUUUACUCGUGAUGCCUUAGGGAUUUAAAUUAUUGCCUUCACCGAACAAAAGGACUACGAUCAUUUCAAAGUAUGCAAACUGAAUUCAGGAUGUUGAUGUCGGUAAGUUCAUAAACUCUCAAUAUCUUCAUUCAUUCGCAAAUCAUUAAUCAAAUUAUAGAUAAAGGCAAGAAUCAGACUGUAUUAGACAAUGCUAAGGAAGAUCUUCUGAAAAAUCUUCAAGAAGAAACAACUGCUAAGCAUCAUGAAUAUAAUACACUUCAUAAUUCCUUCAAUGCUGGGUCAAAACCUCUUUCACCCAGGGAGCAUAAUUUUCCAGAUUCAGUAAGGAAUCAUCUUGAUAAUGCAGAACCUAACAAAGAUUUGACAGAAAAUGCCAAAAAUUGAUUGUCGAACUUCAGGAAAGCAACUAUUUAUGACAGAUAUAACCCCAUUAAACGUCAUGAGGGACAUUGGAGAUCAGACCCUAACAGCAGCCGUACUGAUUCAGAGCGAAGUUUCAUCACUAAGCCAGUGAAAGAAAGUAUUUCUAGUUCAAAAUAUUUCCAAAGUGAGAGCCCCAAAGGAUACUCCAAAAGAAAGCAGACUAACCAAUGGAAGAAUAUCCCUGAAAUAUUUAAGUCUCUCAAUCAGGCUGAAUACGGGGAUAUUCCAGGAGAUUUUUCUGAAAGCCCAGGCUCAGACAGGAAGAAAAUUAGCAAGAACUCUUCUUAUGCUGGAAAUAAAGACUUAAAACUGAAUGCCAACAAGAAAAACACUAUGGGGCUUAUUAAGCAAAUCUUGAAAAAUAAUCCAAGAGUUGCUGACAAGGAUGACAAUAAGAAGUUGGAUGGAAUCAUGAGCUCUUUUGUAUACUUGAAGGAAGACAAAGAUAGUGACCUUGAUAUGUAUUCCUUUGCACCAAAUAGACAAUUGGUAGUAAAUAAGCAUCUCAACUCUAAGAGUAUUGACUUUAUUAACUCAAAUCCUGAAGACAAACAGAUUUACUCUGGGAUCAAUCUUUCUAAGUGGAUUAACCGCAUGAAAGAUUUGAAGCAAAAGAGGACAGACCAGAAGAGAUACAACAAUAUUAAUUUAAAAUCUAAUAUUUAUCAUUCCAAGAGUAAAUCAAAAAAAAAGCAGAGAAUUACUCUCAGCCCGAAGAAAGUUGUCAGAAAGAAGAUACAUACUCCUAGCGAUUCCUUUAAGAUUGCUCAUGCGAAGAUACAAAAUGAGUAUAAUAACGAAUACUCUAGACAAACAGAUUGCAGGAAUAAAAGACUAAAGUCGAAUUCAAUCAGUCAUUUACCCCUAAGAAAGUCUCAUUCAAGUAGCGAUUCACAUGAAAUGGCUCAGAAGGAAAGAAACAGGUUAAAGAAUCAUCAAAAUCCUCGCUCUGAUUACCCUUCUGUGUUUAUCCCUAAAAGGGUUCAGAAUGUGAUUAACCUGAAGCCCACUCAGAGUCCAGUCAAGCUUCCGAAUAUAACUAUCAACACUAACCUUAAGACAGCUUUAAAGCUGUUAUAG